AUGCGAGCGAGGCCCUCUUGGCAUUUACGCCUCAACAAAAAUCGUGAUGAUGUAACCACCUUUCGUGGUUUCCCCGCUACUGCCCGUAGCUGCUGCAGCAUCGGUAGCAUCAGUGGGCUCCAGGCCCUACCCCAUCCAAUGGAGUUGAGUUCUGUAGAAUACCGCAGCGAAGGAUGGACACAUGCCAUAUGCCGCCUUUACCGCACUUUGUAUAAGUUGCAUGCAAAGCAGUUGCAUCCAAUUCAGCGUGAGUUUGGUGAUCGGUUCGUGCAGACGGAGUUUCAGCGUCACAUAGACGCAAGCGAGAAGCAUGCGCGUAUCUUUUAUCAAUCAUGGUAUUCGUAUGCCGUACAGCUUUUAGUAGGGCAAACCUCUCGGGAUAUGACGGCCGAAGAGCAACAACAACUGACACCAGAACAAAAAGAGACCAUGCGGAGGCUUCGUAGCCACGUACUGCAAGCAAAACAAAGCGAACCGGGGUUUCACUUGUAA